GACGUUUGGGGUUUGUGUUUCUGUUGACAAAUCGGCCAGAUCUACACAAUCUUCAUUUAUGUGUUAACUUUGCAUAAAAGAAGUAGAAACGUGGUAAUUUUUGAUGUCAAAGUUACGACGUAGUGCGCACAUUGUUGAGUACUAUGGUUGAGUCACGGUGUUGAGUGUUGGGUUGAGUACGAGACUGAUGCGACGCUACUACUUAAAGCAGACGUUUUUAACUUCACAGUUGGCAACGCAAACAUUUGUUUACAUUAUUCUGCUUGCCCGCGUGGUUAUUUGGUGAGGUUGGUGACACGGGUUUCCAGGCAUGGGUUUGCCGGACAAGAUAUUGAAAACUCUAGAAGCCUACGGCGAUAGCCUUCUAGACGACGAGAAUAAAACCGACACAUCUCUACUAUCAACUGAUUUCAAAAGAUUAAAACGCGCCAGCAGCAAGGCUAAAAAGGCGCCAAAAGCUCAGCCACAACAACAGCCGUCCAAGUUGACGGAGCUGCAGCGUAUGAAGUUGGAGCUUGGAUUGGACGACGUAGACGACGAAGCGCCCGUCGAAGAAAAGAAACCCAGGAGUCCAGAACAGAAAGUUCCAGUUAUUGUCUUCAACGAUCCAACGAAACGAAAGGUGAGAAAGGUGCCUCGGUUUGGAAGCCAAGAUGAGGACAGCGAAUCUCCCCAGCCAGUCGAGCUGAAUUUCAGGAAGGCAAAGUUCGAUGUCAUCAAGUUUGGAAUCAAAGGGCUCGAGAAGCCAAAACAAGUGGAAGCAAAGAUUGCAUUGGCAGUGCAACUCGGAGCUAAGCCACCAAAGAACAAAUAUGUAAACUACAAACAGCUUAUUCAAGAAAGAAAACAGCAAAAGGACAUUAUAAAAGAGCAGAAAGAAGUGAAUGCCAAAACGGGUGUCAAACCAAAAAAGCAAGUUGCUUCCAAGCAGAGCAAAGAAAAAAAUCCAGAGAAGCACGAUGGUGUGCACUACGUCAGCAAGAAACUGAUCUCGAAGGUGCAGAAGAAAGGAAACAGGAGAAGAUAGGGACCAUUUUGUUUGCAAGCACCAAUAAAAUAGACCGCUAUUCACGUCAUUUA